CAAUUAUUCAUCUCCCUUAGAACAACAUCUUAUGACAAUAUCUUAAAAUGGUCCGCAUAGAAAUAUAUGUCAACGGCAGGCUUCUGCCAAGGAGCAUUCUUGUGCCACCCCCUGAGGAGCCUCCUGCUUGUUGUCAUUGUGGAGGACAGAGCAAGAAAUUCAUAACUCGCUCAACAAAUCGAAACGGAAACGCAGGACGGCCGUAUUACAAAUGCACUUGCUGCUCGAAAUUCCUUGCAUUUGCUGAUGAUCGAGGAAACGAUCCUAACAAUCCACGGUGCGAUUGUGGAGUUUCCAGUAAGAGACAGCUGGCAAGCCGCGAGAAGGGACGCAAGAUACACUACGUAUGCAGGCUGGGUAAAUGUAACUUUUAUGAUGUGCAACUAAGCGCAAUUGACGGCAGUGUAGCGACGGUGGAAGGAGAUGAGCUUGCAUCAGCAUUGGCUAUGCUAAGUAUAUUCUAAUAUAUCUACGUGAGCUUUUUUCAA